AUGGUGCAACACACCGACACUAGCGAGACGGACGGGAGCAUGUCACGGGAGGCGACGGACUCGGAGGAGAGUGAAUUUAUGGCGUGCAGCCCGGUGGCCAUCAACCCGGACUGGUGCAAGACGGCCACCGGUCACAUUAAAAGACCCAUGAACGCCUUCAUGGUGUGGUCGAAAAUCGAGCGGAGAAAGAUCAUGGAGCAAUCUCCGGAUAUGCACAACGCCGAGAUCUCCAAGCGUCUGGGCAAGCGGUGGAAGAUGCUGAAGGACAGCGAAAAGAUCCCGUUCAUCCGGGAAGCGGAGCGUCUCCGGCUAAAACACAUGGCCGACUACCCCGACUACAAGUACAGACCCAAGAAGAAACCAAAGCUCGACAGCUCCAAGUCGGCGCCGUCGCCGGAGAAGUGCGGCAAAAUGGCCAAACCGCCCAGCAAGAAGUGCAGCAAGAUCAAAACCAAGAGCGGCCCCAAAUCUUCGCACGCCUACGCCGACGAUUGCGCCGGCGCGUUCAAGGCGACAAAAGUGAUCAAGAGCGAGCCGAGCGACGACGAGGAGGACGAGGACGACUACGAGGAGGACUACCAUAUGCACCACCACAUGCACCGGGUCGGGGGGAUUAAGGAGGAGCGCCUGAGGCCGUAUAACCUCGCCAAAGUGCCCGCCAGCCCCACGCUGAGCUCCUCGGCGGAGUCAGAGGGGGCGAGCAUGUACGAGGAGCUACGCGCUUCCUCCACCUCCACCAACAGACUCUUUUACAACAUCAAGAACAUUUCCAAGCAGACGCUGCACGCUGCUUCCGUCUCACCAGCAUCCUCCAGGUCGGUCUCCACAUCCUCCUCAUCCAGCAGCUCCUCAUCCGGCGAGGACGCGGACGAUUUGCUGUUUGACUUUAGUUUGAAUUUCGCCCCCAGCGCCUCUGGCUCGGAGCCGGGCAACCCAAAUUCAGGGAACCUGUCGUUGUCCCUCGUGGAUAAAGACCUGGACUCGUUCUGCGAGGGCAGCCUGGGCUCUCACUUUGAGUUCCCAGACUAUUGCACGCCUGAGCUCAGUGAGAUGAUCGCAGGAGACUGGCUGGAGGCCAACUUCUCCGAUUUGGUAUUUACAUACUGA